AUGGCAUCCUUCACGGCCUCUCUCGUCUCGGUCGUGCUCCCAUGGCGCCGGUACAGCACCCCUGGCGUCAUCUCCAGCACGCGCUGCCGCAUCCUCCGCACCUCUUCCUCCCGCACGGCCUCCAGCGCCUCGACGAUACGGACGCCGCCGAACACACGGCUCCUCUUCAUGCUCCUCGCAUGUUCAGGGUGUCAACCACCGCCUGUUCAGCGCGCUGCUGGAGGCGAGCUGCCGUGCAACGCCUGCGCGUCCGCGCGCGCCGUAGAGGCGAUCCAGCGGGAGAUGGCCGAGGAGAGGACCACGGUCGGGUGCGGUGCCGGGGGUAUCGUGAGGGCAGGAGGCGAGCUUCUUCGUGCCGGAACCCAAGCAAGCCAUCUCGCCAGUACCUCGGCAUCUUGCCGCGGGGACCGUCGUCUGAGUCGCCAACCGCGUCGCGCUGACCAACGGGCACUGCCGCGUCGCCGCUGCUCUGGUUCUCCAUCACCACAGGCCGCUAGCGCCACGCCGCGCCGCAAGGAUUCGUCGAGCAGGCUCCUCAGCUCCUGA